GGCGGAUGCAGACCACGCCCUUCCUCUGCCCGUCUGUAGAGGGCGCUGUGGCAGCUUUACCUCACUGCCCUUCCAGCAGCAUCUCACCUUCACCCGGCCCAGACGCGCAUCCACCGCCGCACCCGACAGGGAAAAGAAAAAAUAACACAGAAGAGAGAGAGAGAGAGAGAGAGAGAGAGAGAGACGGCGUCAAAUAAAGCUACGAGGAGAACCGAGCAGCACCGCAGUCGCUGUUGUCAAUGAUGUAGGGAAUCGUUUUGCGCUCUGACAUCUAAUUUAGCCCGCCUCACUGCGACAAGAAAACACCAGCCAGCUGCGCAGAGACAGAUUGCAGCCCGUCUCAGCCCGUCAGGAUAAAAAAAAAAGAAGAAGAAGAAAAAACCCGUCCAGCCUCUCCACAGUCCUCUCGGCGAAGAAGGACGGAGUCAGUGCGCACCGCUCGUCGUUCGUUUUGGACCGACACGUCAGGGCCCCCUCCCGGUCGCCCCAGCAGCAUCUCUCUCCCCUCAGCAGAAAGCAGCAGCAUCCUUCCUCCUCCUUGAAUCUGCGCAAUGGCCGAUGUCCCAGCGGAGUGCAACAUAAAAGUGCUGUGUCGCUUUCGGCCUCUGAACCAGGCGGAGAUCGUGCGCGGGGACCUGUUUCUCCCCAAAUUUCAAGGAGAUGACACUGUCGUCGUCGGGGGGAAGUCCUUCUCCUUUGAUCGAGUGUUUCCAACCAACACCACCCAGGAGCAGGUCUACAACACCUGCGCCAAGCAGAUUGUCAAAGAUGUGCUGUCUGGAUAUAAUGGCACUAUCUUCGCAUAUGGACAAACCUCCUCCGGGAAGACUCACACCAUGGAGGGCAAGCUGCACGAUCCUCACCAGAUGGGUAUCAUUCCUCGCAUCGCCGAGGACAUUUUCAACCACAUCUUUGCCAUGGAUGAAAACCUGGAGUUCCACAUCAAGGUUUCAUACUUUGAAAUCUACAUGGAUAAAAUCCGUGACCUUCUGGAUGUGACAAAGACCAACCUAUCUGUCCAUGAGGACAAGAACAGGGUGCCAUAUGUCAAGGGAUGCACUGAGCGUUUUGUCUCCAGCCCCGAUGAGGUCAUGGACGUGAUCGAUGAAGGCAAAUCCAACCGUCAUGUUGCUGUGACCAACAUGAACGAGCACAGCUCUCGCAGCCACAGCAUCUUCCUGAUCAACAUCAAGCAGGAGCACGUGGAGACGGAGCAGAAGCUUUGUGGAAAACUCUACCUGGUGGAUCUGGCUGGCAGUGAGAAGGUCAGUAAGACCGGAGCUGCAGGAUCCGUCCUGGAUGAGGCUAAAAACAUCAACAAGUCUCUGUCUGCUCUGGGAAAUGUCAUCUCUGCCUUGGCUGAGGGCACGAAAAGUCACGUGCCGUACCGUGACAGCAAAAUGACCCGCAUCCUGCAGGACUCCCUCGGUGGGAACUGUCGCACCACAAUGUUCAUCUGCUGCUCUCCCUCCAGCUACAAUGACGCUGAGACCAAGUCAACUCUGAUGUUUGGACAACGUGCCAAGACCAUCAGGAACACCGCCUCCGUCAACCUGGAGCUGACGGCCGAGCAGUGGAAGAGGAAGUACGAGAAGGAGAAGGAGAAGAACAAGACGAUGAAGGACACCAUCCAGAAGCUGGAGGCUGAGCUUAACCGCUGGAGAAACGGAGAGGACGUGCCCGAGACCGAGCGCACCACCUCCGACAUGGUGACCCGUAUCGAGUCUGUGGAGGAGCGCCCCAUUUUGGACAACGACACCUCCUCCAUUGUGGUCCGCAUUUCUGAGGAGGAGCGGCAGAAGUACGAGGAGGAGAUCCGCAAGCUGUACAAGCAGCUGGAUGACAAGGAUGAUGAGAUCAACCUGCAGUGCCAGUUGGUGGAGAAACUGAAGCAGCAGAUGCUGGACCAGGAUGAGCUCCUGGCCUCAUCCAAAGGUGAUGGAGACAAGGUCCAGGCUGAGCUCGGCAGGCUGCAGGUGGAGAGCGACUGCGCCAAGGCCGAGGUGAAGGAGGUGCUGCAGGCUCUGGAGGAGCUGGCCAUCAACUAUGACCAGAAGAGCCAGGAGGUGGAGGAGAAAGGCCUGCAGAACCAGCUGCUUGCUGACCAGCUGUCCCAGAAAAUGGCCAGUCUGAUGGAGCUUGAGGCGGAGUUGUCUCGUAUGCAGGAAGUGAGCGGUCAGCAGAGGAAACGCAUCGCCGACGUCCUCAACGGUCUGAUGAGGGACCUCAGCGAGUUCAGCACCAUCGUGGGCAACGGGGAGAUCAAGCUGCCGGUGGAGAUUAGCGGGGCGAUCGAGGAGGAGUUCACCGUGGCCCGCCUCUACAUCAGCAAGAUCAAGUCGGAGGUGAAGAGCAUGGUGAAGCGCUGCCGCCAGCUGGAGAACAUGCAGCUGGAGUGCCACCGCAAGAUGGAGGAGACCGGGAGGGAGCUCUCCUCCUGCCAGCUCCUCAUCUCUCAGCAUGAGGCCAAGAUCCGCUCUCUGACGGAGUACAUGCAGAGCGUGGAGCAGAAGAAGAGGCAGCUGGAGGAGAGCCACGAUUCUCUGAGCGAGGAGCUGGCCAAGCUGCAAGACCAGGAUAACUCUGUGCAGGAGGAGAAAGAGGGAGAGAAGGGUGAAACUGAGGAUGGUAAUGUGAAGAAGAUUCGCCAGCAGGGGGAUUCUCACCGUGGCCUCCAUCACAAGCAGCUGGCCCGCCUCCGGGAUGAGAUCAAUGAGAAGCAGAGGAUCAUUGAUGAGCUCACUGACCGUAACUCCAAGCUGGAGCUGGAGUUGGCUCAAGUUCGCGCUGACUUUGAACGCCUGAAGAGUCAGGACAGCACCAAGAGCGAGCGCCUGGAGGAGCUCUCAUUCCUGCACGAGCGCCACGAGCAGACCAAACAGGACUUGAAGGGUCUGGAGGAGACUGUCGCCCGCGAACUCCAGACCCUCCACAACCUGCGCAAGCUGUUCGUUCAAGACCUCACGUCGCGGGUUAAAAAAAGUUCCGAAAUGGAACCUGAUGAUAGCGGGGGGUCUUGCACCCAGAAGCAGAAGAUUUCCUUUCUUGAGAAUAACCUGGACCAACUUACAAAGGUUCACAAACAGCUGGUUCGUGACAAUGCAGAUCUGCGUUGUGAGCUUCCAAAGCUGGAGAAACGUCUUAGGUCUACUGCUGAGAGAGUUAAGGCCCUGGAGACUGCACUGAGGGAUGCCAAGGAGGGCGCCAUGAUGGACCGUCGGCGCUACCAGCAGGAGGUCGACCGCAUCAAGGACGCCAUGAGGGCAAAGAACGCGUUGAGGCGUCCUCAUGCAGCACAGAUUGCCAAGCCAGUGAGACCGAAGCAGCUGCCCGUCUGCUCUCCCACCAACCCCUUCUACACUUACAUCCGUGCCACCGAACAGGCCAACACAUACAGCAACGCCCUCUUCCAGGGCAACGUAACACAGCCCACCUCCGUCAACAGCAACCCCAACUCCGUCCAGAGCAACACAGUUUCCACAGCAUUGGGUUACAGAGCAGGCAGAUAUAAUGGAGACAUACUGGAGUCCUUCCCACUCAACAUUGACAACGGUAACAGCAUCAGUGAAACGAGAGACAUCAAUGACAACAGGAGUGAGGUUCACUGCGGCAGCGAGGUGGAUGAUUCAAACAGGCACUACAUCAUUCAGCAGGAGACCGCUGCGAGUUAAUGCCAUGAAGACGACCAAACACUGUACCUGACCUGUCCAAGGACCCUCUCCUCCCAUCUGCAUGCAGCCUGUGUCCCCGUCCGUCCACUGCAUCACUCAUGAAGAUGAUGAUGAGGAUCAGUAGCCCCUGUAGUCUUCUAACUAGAUGAAGCCCCUCCUGCUCCCAUGGUGACCACUCUGACCCUCGGGUCUGGGGUCCAGUCUCCUUCGGUUCAGUCAGCACAGGAAGUCAGUUCAAUCAGACAUACUUAUUUUGAGUUUGUUUUUGUUUUUUUUUAAGAACUUUUAAUUAUCAACUCAUAGAUGCUUAUUACCUUCUGAGGUGUCUGAACUGAAACUGGACUCCAUCCCUGAUUAUACAUGUUGUAAAUAAUAGUGCUGUAUACUCCAGUAGAGGUUUUUGACCAGCAACUGUUUGUGUUAACACACAGCCUCCACCGUCCCCCUCCUGCUCACACAUCUUCUUAAGGGCAUCAUGUACAAGACAUACUGUAGGCAGACGUGACCUUUUUCUCUGUCGUAAAUAAGAGUAUAGUGUGUAACGCCAGCUUGUAACAGAAGACCCACACUCUGCAUGCAUGUCGCUUAGCAGGUUAGCUUUCAAAUCUUUGCAUGUGUCCUGAUUCCAGUCAGGAGCUGGUAUGCUGCGAGUGAAGCGUCGGCUGAUCGACUUCGACAGAUGUCACACACACAUACACACACACACACACACACACACACAUACACAGACAGAUCGAGGGGUUUCUCUUAAUCCUGAACCUGGUCUCAGUGCUCAGGAGGACAUAAGCUGGAACAUGCAUCUGGGAAAGGCAGUUCUGAAUUUAAAUCUGCAUCGAGGAAACAUUUUCUAAUUGCUUUGGUACUGUGAUGUUGCCGCUGUAUGAUGCCAUUGUGCAUUUCAGGUAAUGCUGCCCACUUCCAUUUAAUGUGGCUCCCUCCCACACCUUGUGAGUCUUCAUACCGCCUUAACAAGAGCUGAUUUCUCGUGAGCAAACAUAACAAAACUCACAUACAUACAUUUGUAAUUACUACCUCUAGAGCAGCUCAUUAUAUUCGAGUAUCCAAAAACAUCCUCUUUUUAAAUGCUGACUACGAGCUGAACUUAGAGUUUCUAGAGAAAGUUGCAACUUUAGUACACCAAUAACUGUAGGUAGAUUUGAAUAGUCGUAUGAGAGCAGUAGUUACGAUCUCCUAAAGUUCAUUCAUACACAGCUUCCUUCUCCAGCAUGUGACAGGAUCAGAGCUGGGCAGAAAAUGUGCUCGCACAACUUUUUUAGCGCAGCAGACGACCAGAAGGUUUUAAAAGUGCCUGUUGCGCUUUUCAAUUUUGGACCCAUAAGGCUGAAAUUAUGAUGCCUGAAACCCUCGACUUUGAAGAUACACUACCGACUUACCUCCCCUGUCUUAUCACGAUUCUGAUUGGGAAACAGAAGUGAUGUAACACCUCAAAUCAAGGAUUCAGUGCUUUGAAAUCAGGACCGUGAAAAGUCCAGUGAUUAGGGAGUGUCUGCAAACCAGUCCCCAGCUGAGCAGCCACUAGUCUGGGGUGGACAGAAGCUUGUCGUCUGUAGCUCGUUGUCAGGCCGUGCUGUAACUCUUCUUGACCAAUCCUGACCAGCCAAUCAGGACAGAAGAAAGCAGCAUGCCUUAGGUGGACGAUAAAGAGAUGGAUGGACUGAGCUGAGUCACUGGAUUAAAGGACAGAUUAGACCGUUCUCUCUUGUGUGAGAAAAAGAGUUCAUUUUGAUUUCUAAUUGGCUUUUCUGUUUAAUCUGUGGCCAUACAUUGUUGAUCAGAAGCUGACUCUGAUCUGAUUAUUCAGGGUUUGAUUAUGAAUCUAAUAAAAAAAUAUUUAGUUACCAAAAUCUUCAGUCCAGUGCAUUAUAACCAUGACUGGACUUGUCCUACAUGUGAGUUAGCCCUAGCAGGUCGUUCCCAGUCGUCUGAUCCUUAACAGCCUCAUUCAUCAUGACAUGACCGCUCUGUCUCAUGCUCUUACCGGCAUUAACAACAUCUCAGGGCUUCACAUACACAAUCACAGCCACUGUGGGCCACCACCGCCACCGUCUUCCUCAUCAAAACAAGAUGAUUGCUGAUGAACAAUCAGGUCAGUACGUGUUCUUCGAGGCUUAGCAGAUGAAGAGGAUGAUACAAACUAAUAUUAAACAAGUAACUUCAUUUUAUACAUAGUAUAUAUCAUCCCCAUUCUUGCGUAUGACAUGUAAAAUGAAAAAAUGAAAAAAAAUCCCUCAGCUGCUCCUGGUCAGACCCUACUGUACGUGUCCAAACAGUCCCUCUAUUUGACAUCAUGUUUCAAGUAUAAUCAACAAAUCUGAAGGAGGGGAAACAUGUACUAUAACGUCACCUGCUGUUCCACUGUCUGAUUUCGACAUAUCUAAAAUACAUGUGCUAUAUAUUGUUAAUCUUGUAAGUAAAAUAGCGUGCCAUGACAUAGUAAAAUGCAAAAGAAAGGCACAUGCUAACUUUGUUCAGAGAAAUGUUUGUUUUAUUUAUUUCUGUAUGCCUAUACUGUAGCGUCGACAUGAUUAUGUGAAGAAUCACCAUGCAUAAUUUCUGUAUAUAUAGACUCAUUCACUAUGCUGUAUUGUAUGUGAACCAUUGUGUUGUAGUAAAAAGUUCAAUAAACUUGUAGAAAGGA